GGCCAGCCGGGCGGAUCUGCGCUGCGCGCCGGCGCCGACCCGGGAGCCGGAUUUGGAGCGCUCGGCGCCGGCGGGGCUGGAGGGGGCGGCGCGGCGGAGCCUCCAGUGGCCUCGCACGCUCCUCCUAGCCCGCGGCCGCCGCCCGCCUCCGCCUUUGCCUCCAGCUCCUUCGCCCCGGCCCGGCCGGCCACCACUUCCGGCCGCUCACCUGGGACGCGCUCACCUGCCUCCGGGCGCCUGGGCACCGGGAUGAAGGACCGGCUGGAGCAGCUGAAGGCCAAGCGGCUGACACAGGAUGAUGAUGCCGAUGAGGUGGAGAUUGCUAUUGACAACACAGCCUUUAUGGAUGAGUUCUUUGCUGAGAUCGAGGAAACUCGGCAAAACAUUGACAAGAUAUCCGAGCACGUGGAAGAGGCUAAGAAACUCUACAGUAUCAUCCUGUCUGCACCGAUUCCAGAGCCAAGUACAGUUCUUAUUUGGACUCAUUUGGAAGAACUGGUAAAGGAGAGCUGCCCAGGCUGA